GAGGAUAACUUUAUCAAAAUAAUUGAGGCUCCCAGGGACUCAUGUUCAGGCACUUUAUAUUUUGGACAUAGUGGUAACCACUAUGUUGCGUUGAAAAAAGCAAGGAAGUCACCUAGUGGAAAUAAGGUGAGUACCUAAAGGAACAUGUGGAGGUGUAACCCCCCCCCCCAUUCAUCACGGACUGGGCAAAUUGUUUUCGGGUUUAUCAGCCUGAAAUUGUUUUUGUAGGCAACGGAAAUAUUUGAGCGGCUCGGAAUAUUAAAAGCAAUAGUUAUAGCAAAAAUUUUCCUAAAUUUACAAAAAUUACGGAAAGAGCUAACAAAUUACGAUAUGUCUGGGAAAAUUUUCAUAUGUCCGAAAAAAUGACAAAAUGUCCGGAAAAAUGACGGUAUAUCCGAAAAUAUUUUUGUAUGUCCGGAACAAUUUUGUGCGACCUUCCCCCAAUUUUUUGGGAAAAAUAUUAAUUAUUAAUAUUUUUCAACUAAAAUGUUGUCGGCAAAUGCGAAACUACACCCCCAUUCUUUAUCCUCUUCUCUACGACCCUGAAGGUAGGAUAUUCUUUAAUAUCUAUAAUGUAGUAUUCACGUCAUUUCAGGUGCUGACAUAAUUUAGUGUGCAAUGAUAAUUAUUUCACAGGACAUUGUGACUGCGAUGAUGCGAUCUGUGCAGGCAUUGCCAUAGGAAGCCUAAACAAGCAGGUUUUAUUCAAUAAAAUCCGUAAUUAAAUUAAAAGGUUUGAGUAUGCAAUUAGCAAUAAAAGUGCUGUUAGAAUCAUGCACGUAGCGUGCUCUGGUCGCGCUGUGAUGUGACUAUAUAAUUAGUGACGUAUCCUACUAUGAUAUUGGGAAGGACGGAAAGUAUUCCAUGCAAUAACAUAGUAGGAUACAUCACUAAUUAUAUAGUCAAAUCGCAGCGCGACAGGAGCACGCUACAUGCAUGAUUCUAACAGCACUUUUAUUGCUAAUUGCAUACUCAAACAUUUUAAUUACGGAUUUUAUUGAAUAAAAGCCGCUUGUUUGGGCUUCCUAUCGCAUUGCCUCUGUUUUUUCCCCUCCUCAUCACUGCUUUUUAGCCAAAAAUAUAAACAAAACUAUGGAACUUUUAAAACACAAAAUUUAUCAGAAAGCAAGAAGGAGUAGACAAAAGGAACAAAGCAAUUUUCUAUAGUUCUACGUGUAAAAUUAACCGGCUUGGCAUUUGUUUGUUGUUGUCUUGACAAGUUUGGGGGAAAAGCAUACAAAAUAGCUGAGAAAAAAACUUGAAAAAGAUACAGGAAUACCAAAUACAUACAAAAAGACAACAAAAACUGAAUAUAAGUGAUUUAGAAAGUACCUUAAUUCUUCUGAUAACUGCUAGAUUUUUUCGGCGAAAGACAAAAAAUAAAAUAAUUUCGAAAAUUAAAACUGAGUAUUAAACACAACGAAACCUAAGAUUUACCGUCUUUCAUAGCGAAUCCAGCAGCCCAGACUGCUGAAAAACUUUGGCAAAUUAGUCUGUGUGUCACUGGGGUUUUUUUAUUUAUACUAUUUUAAACAAUUUUUCCGGCUUUAUAACAUCAAAAGUUUGUAUAUUGUUUUGGCAAUUAUUAUGUUUUCUAUUUCUUAAAUAAUUAUUCAGACAUUGCCAUUGGUCAAUGCUUUGCAUCUCAGCUUUGCUUCGGGGACAACAUCUUGCCAUCAGGCUUAGCCUUAUUCAAUACUUGUUUAAUUUAUUUAUGAUGCUUUAAUUUGGUAGAAACGAUCUGAUACCUUCGAUUGGUGGGACAAAGAGGAAUAUAACCCUGGUAUCAGUGUAUUCAAGGGCAGGAAAUAUGAUAUCUUAGAGCAGGACAUUCCCAAAGAA